GUUUCCCGGAAAAGGACCUAUGGUUUUUUUCCCAGAAAAACGAAAGCACUCAUCCGGCGUUAAUCUACGUAGGGCACAGACUUCUGUGAUUCUCUUUCAGUCAUUAACUUAGGGAUUGAUAAAAACGCAGUCUUUGCAAUUGUUCUCUUCUAAUAUGAGUUAUUCGAGAACAUACAGGAAUUCAAACGGCGUCGGUGCCUACAGGACAAACUUGAACGAAGGACAAAAUGAACGCCAAGGUGCUACCGGAAGCCAAGCAGAACAACCACAACAAGAAGAAACGGCCUCGCCGAGCCUAGAAAGGCGAGUUCUUACCAAAAAAAAAAAGGAUUGAAACCCCCUUGCAUUACAAUGUAUCGAUCUUAGCAUCAUUUGUGGAAUUAGUAGAAUAUUGUUCCCGAAGUUCUUGGUUAGUUAUCAACGCCGCGAAUCGACCGAAUCGAAUUUACCUUAUAUUUCCAAAAAUAUUAUUUGACAUGUUUGAAUUGGUCAAACCAUUGAUCUGGGGUGUAUAAAUCACUUAUGCUCUGUUGAAUCUUCUUCCAUAUGAUACGCUCUUUGAAAUCAGUUGCCGUUCAGUAAUUACUUUCAUCGAUUACUUGAAAUUGCAAGUUUAAAUGCUGAACAAUUUCUAUAAUCACCCUAGAGUUAACAGGAGAGAUGGAUUCACCAUGUUUAGACCAGACGAAAAGAAGAGGGCUCAUUUGACGGAAAGUAUGCUUUUUUAAUCAAUUACCCCUAAAAUAUCUGUUGUCAAAUACUGCUGUGUUAAAAAAAGAACUGUUUGUAUCAUGUAUUUCUAAUUCAUUUCGAUCAGGGACUUAAUUUGUUAACUGCGUAUUCUUUAAAUUUUGGAGGAAAAAAAUGAAGUUCUCAGAUACACAUCCUCAGACUAACCUAUGAAGCUCAACAGCGGCGAGACAUAGGCGAAGGACAUAGUGAAGAAGUGGAUUGGUUUUUUUCGUUUGUUUGGGGGCACGUGAUUUUAAGCAUUCUCCUUUAGUCUGAGAUGCUCAAAACAGCAGUUUUUUCGAAGAACAUUCACUCUUAUUAGCCUGCUGUCCUUUAAAAACACCCCACUCCCUAGCCUGUUAAAUUUGUAAGAACUGCAGUUAUCAGUAUAGGUUUAAGUUUGAUUCAGUCAAGAGCAGUCCACUACAACUCAGCGUAGACCAGUCCAGCAAAUGUGGAAAAUGUAAACAUCAGUCCAUUAUAAACUGGGUUUACAACUUUUAAUGCAGUGGCUAGGAGGGAAGAAGAAGAUGCAAGGGCUCACAGAGAGGCCAGACGUGUACAACAUGUUCAUGAAAGACCUGCCAGAGUGGGUGGUACAACUGGGUACUCCACAGUCGUGAAGCAGAAACAGAAGGCUGUUACAUCGGCAAGCAAAGGGCUAGAAAUGCAGGUGAUCACCUCUUAUAUAUGACUUGUGGUUACUAGAAUGAUGUGCAUAAUUGGUGCAGCUUAUCACAUCCCAGUUUUUUAAAACAGUUUGACCACAGGUAUUCCAUCUCCUCUUGAUUGAGAAGCUGAUCCAUGAAAGGUUACCUUCAGUCUUUAAACGAUUUUUCUGAGUACCCAUGAGUAACAUUUGGGUGGAGUGAGGACUGAGAGAGCAAGUCCCCCCCCCCCCAGAUAACCCAAAAAUGCAGUAACCCUCAGAAAGGCUCAAUCUCUGACCUGUGGAGGCCCAGCCUCAGGAGGUCUUGCCUACCACCUCUCCUACAUAGAGGUGUAGUGAGGGAUAUUUGAUUUCCAUUGCUUCCCAUGGAGAUGCUAACUCAGGGCUCAGGGGAUUAGGACAUUUGUGAUGUCUUGCUUGUUCAAGCUUGCAGUGGGCAUUUUGGAGGGGAAAAAUGGUUGGCACUGACUUCAGAAGAACAGGGAAACAUGAACAGGAGUAUUUUAAAUAUUUUUGCUAUCGGUGGCUUGGUCUGUUCGCCAGUGACAGUUUUUUCAUAGUUGUGUUUGUUAUGUUUAGAAAAAACGAGAACAAUGGCAGAGAGAGAAGCGGGAAAGAGAGGAGAAAGAACUUCAAGAAAAGAAGGCAAAAGCAAGGGCUCAGGUAGAAAUAUUUCCCUUAACCUUUUAACUCCCAAGAUCUGAUUGUUAAUUCUCCCCUCUGGCUGCUACACAUUUCCUUGUAAAUUAGUUAUGAGAGCUUGAAGCUAGAUCAAGAUAGCAGCUUCUACCUGAUAAGUUUGAAUAUUCUCAUUACCUGUUUGCUGAAUAAUGUAUGGAUAUUAUAGGGAGAAGUUUCAUGUUAAUCACUUCUGGGUGUUAAAGGGUUAACCCUUUACACCCUUACAUCAGUAUGCAUAUUCUUCAUUCUGUUCUCUGUACAUUUCCUAAGGUGCUGACGAGGAGAAAUUGUUUUGCAAUCAAAAGCUUCUUAAGUUGGUGCUCAUCUCCAUUUUUCUUGUCACCUAAAUAUGAUUUAUUAGAGUAAUGAGAAAUUAGAUUCUAGUCACUCUUAGGGGUUUAACAGUUAACAAUGUAUGUAACUGUAGGUUACAGUGGUCAGGCAUCAACAUGCAGUGAAUGCCCUACUUGCAAUGCAUCCUUAAUUUCAAGUGAUUUCAUUUACAAAAUAACUUUGUUUGUUCUUUCUUGUUCUUUACUUCAUUUAUGUUUAUCUUGCAUUUGACGGCUAAGACUACAAUAUUCACUAAAUUGCAUUUAACAGAGUUGUAAAUAUCAUUGUUGUUCAAUACUGAAUCCAUUUUUAAUCUCCUUUACUAAAGUCAGAGAGGAAUGAAGCUCUGAGGGCUGUUAGAGCUCAGGAAGCCAUGGAGCGACACAGGAAUGACCACAGAUGGUAAGUAAUUAUUUAAUUUACGAUGAUAAAAAUGUAAGAAACACAUUAUAUAUUCAUUCUGUUUGAUUUAUACUUAAGCCCUUUUUCUUAUUUUAUCAUUUACAGGAAGAAUGAAGAAUUUCUGGAUAGACUUGAGAGAGAAAGUGAUAGAUACGAUUAUUAUCGAUGAAAAG